AGUAGAAAUAGCAGAAUCUGGCAUCGCAAGUUUCUAACCAAUUCUAACUUCAAUUUAUUGUUUAUUUCACCGUUGUAAACAGUUGCAAACUUGUAAAACACCCAAGUUUCUCUCGUCAACAAAUACAUCGCUGUUCCAUUUACAGAAACAUGCCAGAGACAUCAGAGGAGGACAUGGGAAUGUCAGUUCGAUUGACGAACGAUGACUUCCGGAAGCUGUUGAUGACCCCUCGGGCAUCGGUUCCAUCUGCCACGCCAGCAUCCGUACCCGGUACUGCCAGAGAUGCCAGCGCGAAGACUGCUCAGACGCCAAAUGUCACAGGCAGCAGUCGAGCGGAGUUAAGAAGGAAGAAGAAGAGCUUCUACGCUAAGUUGAAGAAGCAGGAGGAAGAUAAGAUGGCGGAGUUGGCGGAGAAGUAUAGAGACAGGGCCAGAGAACGUAGGGACGGGACGAAUCAGGAUUACCAGGCAGAGGAUCCCAUGAACAGCGCCAGCGCGUACAGGGCUGUGGCUCCGGAUUUGAAGUCAGGGAUGGACGCAGCUGAACGGAGGAGGCAGAUGAUUCAGCAGUCGAAAUUCUUGGGUGGUGACAUGGAGCACACUCAUUUGGUGAAAGGGUUGGAUUACGCUCUUCUUCAGAAGGUACGCAGUGAGAUCGAGGCAAAGGAGCACGAGCAAGAGCAGGAGAUGGAGAAGUUGAUAAAACCCAAGGACAAGGUGAAGGACAAGAAGGAGACCGAGAAGAAGGACGACGAGAUGCAGUUCAAGACCAAGAUAGGACGCAACGUGUACAAAACGGUGAUGAUCAUGAAAUCGAAGACUAUAGAGAGGAACGAGUUGUUCACGCCUGGUCGGAUGGCUUACGUGAUAGAAUUGGACGACGAGAAUGCAGACGUGGACAUACCGACGACUCUGAUCAGGAGCAAAGCGGACGUGCCCACUGUGGACAACACUCCAACGCUGACGACGAACGACAUAGUGAUAAACAAGCUGGCCCAGAUACUGUCAUAUCUACGACAAGGUAACCGUCACGGGAAGAAAGGGAAGAAGAACAAGGACGGUCGGUCCAGGCCCGACGACAUGAACGACAUGGACAUAGCGCCGAGGCCUCAGGAGGAGAGCAUCUACGGUGACAUCGGCGACUACGUCCCCACGAUUGGGAAAAAGGACCUCGCUCAAUCCAGAGAGAAGAAGAAGGGCUCCUACUUCGACAAAUCAGAGAGCAGCCUGGACACCGACGACAAGGUGAAUGCUCCUCAGCUACCGAGCGUCGUGCCUUCCACUUUGGACGCAAACGCUCCUAAAAAAGGAGCGUUGCUGAACAAGCUGGCUGCGGAGCCAGAAGGCUACGCAGAGUGUUAUCCAGGGUUGGACGAGAUGCAGGACGCCAUAGACGAUUCUGACGACGAGGUAGACUACACCAAGAUGGAUCUUGGUAAUAAGAAAGGUCCCAUAGGCAGGUGGGACUUUGACACACCUGAAGAGUACAGCGAGUACAUGAACAAUAAAGAGGCCCUGCCGAAGGCUGCGUUCCAGUACGGAGUGAAGAUGGCUGAUGGAAGGAGAACGAGAAAGUAUAACAAGGAGAAGAACGAGAAGGCGGAGCUGGACAGGGAAUGGCAGAAGAUACAGAAUAUAAUGAACAAGAGGAAACCUUCCAACGUGUUGGACGGCGCGUCGGAAUUCAAAGUACCGAGAUAUUGAAUGAUCGUUCGUUUCCAAUUAAUUCUACGUAUUUCAAUGAUUUUUGAAGUGUUACGCGCCCCUUAAAUACCUUGUAAAUAUGUUAGAAAAUAUUCCUGAAAAAUUUCAGCUCUCAAUUUUGACAUUAUCCCUUCGACUGCGAAGGAGAAAUGGGUUCGGAAAAGUGUUUAUGUUGGUUAAAUCAAUUUUUAAAAAAUAUCAGAUUAUAGGGGAUGACGAGACGAAACUUUUUUAUUAUUACAGUUUAUUCGUAGGACGCUUAGUUUCAGAAAUAAAAAUAGAAAAGUUAGAAAUAUGUCGGAAAAAUUAAAUUUCAGGAAAGAGGUUAGGUCUGUUUAUAUUCGUUAAAUCAAUUUAAAAAAAAUAUCGUCUUAUAGGGGAUGAUGAGACGAAACUUUUUUAUAUUUACAAUUUAUUCGUAGGAUGCUUCGUUUCGAAAUUAAAAAUUGAAAAAUUGAUAGUUUGUUGCAUAAAUUGUAUUUCAGGAAAAAGGUCUUCUAAGUUUUCAAUUUUUAUCUCUGAAACUAUACGUCAUAUAAAUAAUCUGUAAAUAUGAAGAAUUUUCUAUAAGCUGAUAUUUUAUUUUAAAAUUCACACCUUUAACACAUAAACCUUAGAAAGUUUGAAAUGGAAAAUCCAAGGAAUAUUUUCAAUCGGUUACUUCUUUUUCUUUAACUUCAAUCAAAGUUGACGAAACAAUUUGACAUUUGCUAGAGUUGUUACUUAUAAUAACAGGAAGAAGCCCUGAAAAUUUCAAAUUUCUAUCUUAAUUAUUUCCUUAUAUAUCACUUCAGUAAAUACAAAGUUUCUCUACUGAAAAUAUUUUAGCAAUACUAUCUUAAAUGUUUUAAAUAUAAAUUCUUGUCGAAAGAAUUUCCUACACUAAAUUUUUCAAUUACCAGAAAAAGAAUUUUUGUUUGUGGAACAUUUAUAAAAAUUAAUAUACAGUCAGCGUAAUAAGUACCCAUUUAAGACAUUUAAAAUAAUAUCAUAAAAAUAUUUCAAGUAGAGAAAGUAGCUUCAUAUUUACUGGACUGAUAUAUAAGGAAAUAAUUGAGAUAAAAAUUUGAAAUUUUCAGGAAAUCUUCCUCAUACUACAAGUAAUAACUCUAGCAAAUUUCAAAUCGUUUCAAUUUUUACCUGAGUUAUAAAAAAAAGUGACCGACUUUUGAAAAUUUGGAGCACGUGUUAAUGUUUAAAAUUCAGAGCUGAAAUUUUGCAGGUAUAUUUUCUUAUAUAUUUUCAAGAUAUUCAGGGGGCAACGUAGAAUACAGAGAUCAUUGAAAUAAGGACCGUCCCAUUGUACAUUGUAUUGUCCCUGUAUGUAAUGUAAUAAAGAUUGUAUAUUAUUUUUAA